AUGGCGUAGAAACACUAAAAGCAAGUGGCCCCACUGUUAAGCGGUUUGUAGUCGGGGGCGGAAUUGAAAUUAUUAGCAAACAAAUCGAAACACGGGAGCACGACGUUAGCUCUGUGUCCAAAGCGCUUUUGUGAAAGUACUCCCCGUUCUGCAAUUUCCCGUGCAAUUUUCCGCAAUGGCUGCGCACUUUUUUCGCACUGCAUUUUACGCAACGGCGGCGAGAAAAUCGAUGAGCCUGCCCUUCGCCGGACGGACAGCCGCAACUCUAGCCGUGGGCCUGUCCUUUGGUGCGCAAAAUAGCCGGGCAGCCGUGCCGUACGAGAAUGUCUACGCGGACAGCUUUUUCGGGGGCUGCCAAACCCAGGGACUGCUGAAGAGCCCCCAAAUCCGCCAGAUCCAGCCCCCGCUGAUCAGGAACUUUUCGAGCUUGCAGACAGGCCAUCAGCAGCAGCAGCCGGUUCCGAAUAGCGCCAUGGCCCCGUCGAAGAAUCGUCGGUAUAUAUCCUCGCAGGAUAUUACCAAGAAUAUGACUCUGUACACCAACAACAAGACUCAAAUCGAGGUGGAUCCCAAGACGCUGGCCUUUAAGAAACCAACUGGCAACCCACUGGUCCUCAUGAUGGCCUGGCUGAUGGCCAAGCAGAAGCAUCUGAAGAAGUACGCCCAGAUUUACACGGAGAUGGGAUUCGAUGUGGUGGUGGUCCACAUUACGCCCUGGCAAUUGCUCUGGCCGGUCAAGGGAACUCAGGUGGUGGCCGCUGAGACUCUGCGAUUUUUGGAGAACAACCAGUCGUAUGAACCGAUCGUGAUGCAUGGUUUUUCUGUGGGCGCCUACCAAUUGGGCGAGAUCAUGCUACAGAUGUCACGCGACAUGGAUCGCUAUGGCAGCAUCUUGGAGCGUUUUGUGUGCCAGAUUUGGGACAGCGCCGCCGACAUCACCGAGAUCCCAGUGGGUGUGCCCAAAUCGAUUUUCCCAAGAAACGAGCGCAUGCAGAGCGCCCUGCGCAACUAUACGCUGUACCACAUGAAGACAUUCCACAACCAGGCCACCAUCCACUAUAUGCGAUCCAGCCAGAUGUUCCACUCCACACUGCUCAAGGCCCCAGCGCUGUUCUUCGUGUCCGACAACGAUCCCAUUGGCCCGCCAUCCUCCAACCAGGCGGUGCGCGAGAACUGGGAGCGUGCAGACAUUAAGGUGACUUUCAAGCGCUGGGAGCGAUCCCAGCAUGCUGCCCACUUCAUGAAGCAUCGCGAUGAGUAUCUGCAGACGCUUUUCAAUCACUUGGAGACCUGUGGUGUCCUGGAGGCCAUCGGCGUGCCCAAGCGCGCCAAGUUGUAGGCGUCUCUUUUGCAGAGUCGCUGACGAAUUCGGUGAUAUACAUUUAUUCAAAAAUCAACGCGAUUACGAUUUUAUCCUAGAUGCUAAGACCUAAAGUUUAACGAGAAAAUUAAAACCAAUGUCCUCUUGGAAUGAUUAUGAUCUGUGUGUCUUUCGCAAGACAGAAUCUUCAAGCGCCCGCAAGGGAAAUUCCUAGGCUAAGCUUAAUGUCGUACUCUAUCAACACACAGAAAAAUGCUCUAUGCCUCUAUAUUGUUAUAUUGUGAGAUCGCUGCAAAACGGCUAAAUAAAGUAAUUUAAAUAGUAAA